GGGAGGGACGGGCGGCAGGGACAGCUCUGCUCGGCAGGGCUGAGGGAAACUGGGAGCCUGUGCCUGGAGCUGUUUCCUGUUAACGGGGAGGUGGUGGGGUCCAGCUGGGGGCCUUGCGGCUGGGGCUAGAGCUGCGGAGGAGGGCACAGAGAAAGGAAGCACACCCAUGUCAUAUUCCAUAAGCUUCUCUCCCGGACACCUCCUGGCGAGGGGGCUCGGAUCAUGACGCUGCUGCAGUGGGACCUGCCAGGGGAUGCACUUACCCCAGCAACCACUCUCCCCACAGAUGGCACAGAGGCUGGUGCUGCAGCGGCUGCUGUCCCUCCCCGCGCGGGGACCCCUGGCAUCCCACGGCAGAGCCUUUGGCACCUCAGCUGGACGCAGAAGCACUUUCAACGUGCAGGAUGGCAGCGACUUCCAGGACCGGGUGGUGAACAGCCCCAAACCCGUUGUGGUGGACUUCCAUGCACAGUGGUGUGGUCCCUGCAAGAUCCUAGGCCCCAGGUUAGAGAAGCUGGUGGCCAAACUGGAGGGAAAGGUGCUGAUGGCCAAAGUGGACAUUGACGAUCACACAGACCUUGCUAUUGAGUACGAGGUGUCAGCAGUGCCAACCGUGCUGGCUAUGAAGAACGGUGACGUUGUGGAUAAAUUUGUGGGCAUAAAGGAUGAGGAUCAGCUGGAGGCAUUCCUCAAGAAACUCAUUGGAGCCUGAAGUAAAAGGGUGUCUGUACCUCUGCCUCUG